UUCCUGUUUAAAUAUGCUUUAAAUUGAAUUUCAUAAUUUAUUUGGCUACAGAAUAUUUUGUUCUAAUUUCGUUAUUCGUACUAUGAUAGAGCUGUGUUUUUUUAAAUUCCCACGGCGUCGUUGACAGCUGAAAGUGAAGAAAACAUUUACAAAGACUUGAAACUAGAUUUAGAGAUCUAGAUCUACAACUAGUCUCUAGAUAUAGAAUCUAGAUCUAUAUAUACUAGAUCAAGAUUAUCUUUGGUACACAACUAAAUGGAAGAAAACGUAUAUAAGACCCACUUGUAUCGGUGGCAGAGACAAGAAAAACCGCGAGUACUGUCGAGAUCAAAUCACAUAAAGUCUACAGAUGACAUAGCUGACUGGAUUAAGAAAGUAGAAGAAGCCACAGACAAGGCUACAGAUGUUGCCUUUGGUCUUAUGCCUUCAGGAAAACAAAAAGGAAAAGUGGCUGUUCAUCAGUUGUCAGGUCAAGUAAGAGACAAUGAGUUAGCCUUAAACGAAGCGCAAGAUCUGCUGUCCCAGUGGAUGAAUGAAAAAGUAAGGUUUGAUUACGAUGAUGGCUUUGAUGAUCUGGAAGCCUGGCGCAGAGCUAGAAAAAAUAAAGAUGACAUCUUGAAGAAAAAUGGCUGUGAAAUCAAUGAGGAUGACAUGUCCCUAGAAAGGCUGACAAGAAUGGCAUUGGAAGAAGAAGUUGAUGUAGAUGAAACUGCUAUUUAUGAGAGAGUGAAGCGUAAUGCUCUGGGAGAUAGAGACCCAUAUGAGAAUCUCUAUGAGCUGGAUGAAAGUGAAGCUGUCCAGUCAGUGUUGAAAACAAUGUUGUCCAAGGAGAUGGUGAAAGAUACCUUCAAAAAAGAUUUAGGCUUACAGAAGGAGCCCAGAACAGAUCCACGUACCAAGAUGGAACUGCGUCACAAAAUGGUGAAAGAGAAUAGAGAAAAGAGAGAAAAAGAAGGUCAGAAGAAAAAGGGUGAUGCCCAGUUGAAGAAAGAGGCCAGACUUCAAGCUCAGCAACUUUUGUUAAAGGAGCAAAAGGAACGAGAGAUAAGGGCCAGGAAAGAGGAAAUGGAGAUGAAGAAAGAAAUGGCGAAAAUACGCAAAGAGAUGCACGAGGAAAGAAGGAAGAGGGAGGAGGAGAUCAGAAGGGAAAGAGAAGAAGAAGAACAAUUGAACAAGUUGGCAAGAGAGGAACUAGAAAGACAGAGGGCUCAAGAAGAUAGAGAUAUACUUUUAACCCAGAGACUAGAAAAUGAAAGAAAGUUCAAACAAUUGAUGAAAAUGGAAGCCAUUAAAUCUAGAAUAACUUCCAAAAAUUUACAGUGUCUUCAUAGACAUUUUACAGCCUGGUAUGAUCUAGUUUUGUCCAGGCGUCUGCUCCUAGGUAAAGUCAAGGCCAUGUCUGAUUGGAAGCUUAUGCUUAAAAUCUGGGGUGCAUGGCGGUCACAUGUAAGAAGUCAGAAGCUAGAUGUUGAGGCUGAGAAACAUGAACGAGAAAUGAUUGAUAGCCAAAAACAAAUGUUGAAGGCUGUAAGGCACUGGACCAUCUCAACACUGCGUCAAUGUUUUCUGACUUGGCAACUCUUUGCUAAGGAAUGUGGAGAAAGAAAAGAGCUGGAAAAAGAACAGGAACAAACAAAGAACAAAAUGAUGUCACUGCUUAAGGCUGUAGCUGAAGGGAAAGUGGGGAAACAGGCAAAAUUAAAUGAAACUUUAGCACCAACUAAGAAAACAGUCCAACUUGGCAAGUUUAAAGAUACUCAGUCAGAUGAUUUGACUAUAGUUAGUAUAGAAGAUCAAGAGUCUAGCACACCUGUUGUCAAACUGGCUUGGGGAGAAAGUGAGAAUGCUCCAACCUUUCGCAGUGAAACCUCCAUCAGUGGACUAAGUGAGUCCGUCUCUAGUCGAGGGAGAUCACUCCCUAAGGAACCUUGGCAAGUUACUCACCAGCAUUUAAAGUUAUCUAAAAAGGACAUUUCAAAUCUCACAGCUCAGGAUGGAGUUGUCAGGCAGCACACAGAUUUAGAAAUAAGAAAAAGGUUUGGUACCCAGCCCUGGAUGAACAAGCACUUUGUGGCCAACAAUUUUGAACACCGCUACAACGCUCAGCAGCAGACACUGAAGGAACAGCAGAAUCAGCUUAGGGAGCAGAAAAGACUGAUUGAGGAGCUUCAGUAUGAGCAAAAGCAGCAGAGUUUGAAACAAAGGCUAGCCCCUGGAACAGUUUCUUCUCCUCUACCUCCUCUUGAAGUCUUAGAAGUUCCUCCACCAGGUACACAGAUACCAAGGGGAGACAACUCUGUAGAUGCUGGGAAACAGAAUGGAAAAGUGACGGUUGAGAAAAAUGCUUGUCAGGAAAUUAAUACAAAACCUGGAGACGUUAGUGGGGAUGAAACUGACAGGGCAAGGCAAACAACUUCAAGAUCUGAAGUGACUUCAGUAUCUCAAGGAACUUCUUCUACAGCUUGUCAGAACACAAAAUAUUUGCAAGUUUUAAAAAAUAUGGAACAGAGAGCUGCUGAGAGGGCCAGGAUCAAAGCAGAGAGGGAAGAUAAGAAAAGGCAGCAAGAAGAAGAAAAGCUGGCUCAGAUUCAAAAGGAACAGCAAGAAAAACUAAUGGAAAUUGAGGCUGAAAAACGUGCCAAAGCAGCAGCCUAUAGACAGAAAAAACUCUUGGAAAAGCAGAAAGAGGAAGAGAAAAAAAGACAAGAAGCUCUUCUGGAAGAGAAAAACAAAAUAGCUGAAGAGCACUACAGAAAAGCUAUUCUCAAAUACAGAGGAUUGCUUCCCUUUAAAAAGCUGAUCUCCUUGUCCAAGAGAAACUGGUUGAAGUCUGUGAAACACAGGGAUAAAGAAAUCCUGAAAAAAUGUUUUAAAGCAUGGAAACAGUUUGCCGCAGAAGAAAGGCAAGGGAAAGAACAUUUGGCUGAUCAAAUGCAUCAAUUUUUAGUUAUCAAACAUAGUUUUCAUUCUUGGAGAAAUUUCAAGUAUCACAUACAGUUGUUGGAGCGCAGAGCUGAAAGACACUAUCAGGAUAACCUCAAAACAAAAUUAUUUCAAGCAUGGGUAGAAUGGGUGAUUGUCGAAAAAGAAAAUUUUUUGAGUAAAAUGGCUCUAGCAAGUCAGCACUAUAUAAGUAAUUUGACAAGAAGAACAUUUAAUGAUUGGAGGUAUUUGAAAGAGCGUCAGAAGCGAGAAGAAGAAAGACAAGCUAGAAAACUAGAACUUAGAAAGAAAGUAGCCUCACUCAUUCCUGACUAUGCCCCACCUGUGUCAGACUCUGUGCACUCUUCAGAAGAUAUAGUAUAAAUACAUUAGAAGUGCAAUAUCAGUAGUUGGAUUUUAAUUUAUAUAGAAAAAGAGAUUGUGCUAAUUUUCAAUCAAAAAGCUGGAGCUUCAGUCUUCAGCAUUCUCAUUAUCAGGUUGGAGGGUUCAGUUAAUCAGACCUAUAUCUAAGAUGAACUACACAGUGGUUUCAGGUAUCAGACAGCUCUCUGCACAGUUGUAAGGGCCACUCUGUAUGCAGGUUUGAAGGACACAGUCAGCAUUCUCAGGAGACAAGGGCAUGGUUCAUUAGAUGCAGUUAUUAACUCCCUGAACGUUUUGUCUCAUUUUAUUGUGUCUUGUUUGGAGGACAAAAUAUAUUUGUUGAUCAUGUCAGGAUAGCAUGUAAUAUGCAUUAUUUUUCUUGAAGUUUGGGUGAGAACUGGUCUAUUUUUGGGUUAAGUAUUUGAUAUUUUGGGUUUUUGGCACAUUUGUACAAUUUAGGCCAUGUUGUGCCCAUAAUCCCACAAGGGUUAUUCCCCCUUUAUAGCUCAAGAUCUCAUUUUUCCACAUUUGGUCAUAUGUCAGCUUUUUUAUUUCUCUCUAAUUGAAUGUGCACUGUGAUCCAUUGGAGAACAGUUUUCUUGCUAUUUAUGUUGAGGUUUAUAUGAGGUGUCUUUUAGUGUAUAGUUUUCAAAUACUUUAUGACUAUUUUCUUAUAGCAAAAGUGAUAACCUAAUAUUUAUCAUUUCAUCUUUUUCAUUUGUAUUUGAAAUAAAGCCAAGCUUUUAACUAAUUUUAA